AUGCCCCGCGACCGCAGCCCACACCAACCGCUUCAAAGCGCGCUAGCGGCACGAGCCGCAUACUCCCGCCUGGCCCAAGAGUCCCAGCGUCAGCCUCGAGCCAGCCCCUACCUCCCUCCGGUUCCCUACCGUGCCUCCCGCCUCACACUCAGCGGCAGCGGCCGCAAGCCCGACACGGCCCUGAUCGAGGACACAUUGUGCGUGUUUAUCAAGGAUGAGCAGCGGCUGGAGCACACCGUAACGGUUGAUUUCAUCAUCGACAUGGCUACAGAGCUCAUGCCGGAGGUGAUGGGGCCCAAAAGCCCGGACGCCAAGAAGUCCUGGUGCCAGCGCUUCCUGCGCCGGCACCACCUCACCAUUCGACGCAUCUGCCACUCAGGCCGCAAGACUCGAGAAGAGCUGGAAGCUCUGCGGCUGCCAUUUGUCGAGCAAGUGACUGAGGUAGCGACGCAGCAUUGCCCUUUCCUGCCGUAUGGGCCUCCAAAUAGUGCUGCCAGCGCGCCUGCCCCCAAGCGCAGCAACCAUGUAGACUACACGGACAUUGUAGAAGAGGUAACUGUGUAA